AUGAUGAAUCGACAAGAUGAAAAUUCAAACCUCACAAAUUCACAAAAAAUUGCUACUUCAUUGUUGGCCGGUGCUUGUGCAGGCGCUGUAGCAAAAACCACUAUUGCACCAUUUGAUCGAGCUAAAAUUAAUUUUCAAGUCAGAGUCAAUCAAUUUAGUUAUCGUCUUUGCUUUAAGUUUUUAAGAGAAUCAUAUGUAAAUGAAGGUUUUAUUAGUUGGUAUCGUGGAAAUUCAGCCAAUUUAGUUCGUGUUAUUCCUUCAGCAGCUAUUAAUUUUGCAGCACAUGAACAAUGGAAGCGUGUUCUAGGCACAGAUAAACAUGAAAAAACUCCUGGUCGGCGAUUUAUUUCUGGUUCCUUGGCAGGUGCUACAUCUGCAACUAUCACUUAUCCACUUGAUUUAGCAAGAGCUCGUAUGGCUGUAACGAACAAGAGCGUGUACAGUAAUUUAUUUUCUGUCUUUCUAAGCAUUCUACAGAAUGAAAGUAUCACCGCUUUAUAUCGUGGAGCACUUCUAUCCAUAAUUGGUGUAUUACCCUAUUCUGGUUUUGUUUUUUUUACUUAUGAAUCCUUAAAACAUAUUCGUACAGAUUAUGAUCCUCAUCGCCCGAUUAAUAAAACUGAACGAAUGUUAUUCGGUGCUAUUGCUGGUCUUGUAGGUCAAACAGCAUCGUAUCCAUUUGAUGUUAUUCGACGUCGAUUGCAAACGGCUGCAGUUAUUCGACCUGAUGAAGCAUCUCUAGGAGCUAUAGCAACAGCACGUAAAAUAAUUCGUGAAGAAGGAAUAAGACGUGGUUUAUAUAAAGGUGUAACGAUGAAUUGGCUGAAAGGGCCUAUAUCUGUUGGAAUGAUCUAUGAUUUCAUACGUAUAUUUCAUACACAAUCUUUUCAAUUACUAAAACGCUCCCUUUGUCGACGGUGGCAAUCGUCUUCAUCGUAUGAUCCAAAAGAUAACGAUUUAAUACCACCUACAACAUGUUGUAUGAGUAAUUGUGCAAAUUGUGUAUGGAUUUCAUUUGCUGAAGAAAUUGCACAACGUUAUCCUCACUCGUCUAUGGAAGUGAUAGAUGAUAUUUUAAAGCGCUAUAUUGAUGAUCAAAGUUUUCGAGAAUUUUUAGAAUACGAAAUUCAAGCACGAUCAAUGGGAAAGAAAUAG